GCUAAAAAAUUGAAAACCUCGUUAACCGUUUUUCAUUCUUGUUCGUGUAAAUUGGAGAUGGAUAAGAACAUUUUCAGUGGCAUGUCUGAUCUUCCUGAAGAGGAUAAGCAACGAAUGUCCACCAUGGUAGACCAGCUACAAAUUCGAGACAGUCUAAGGAUGUAUAAUUCAUUAGUGGAGCGAUGUUUCAAGGAUUGUGUCGAUACAUUCUAUCGAAAAUCCCUAACCAAAAACGAGGAAACGUGUGUUCUCAGGUGUGCCGAAAAAUUCAUGAGGCUUUCCAUGCAAGUUGGUUCCAGAUUUUCAGAUCUUGACCAAGGUGCAAAUACUGGUGUCUCUCAAUAGCCUCUGUCUUCUGGACAAUUAAUUUUUUCAUUUUUGUAACAUGGAACAAUUUUUGUAUAGUGUAUGUCCACUUUAGUGGUUCUUAACCAGAAAUUAUUCAUGACAAGUGAAAUUUCUUUAGAUUGAGUAAAAGAAAAUGUGAUACUAUUGGUUUUGUCAUGAUGUUCAUAUUCAAUGUGCCCAUCAUCUUUACCUGUUCUUUUUUAUUUUAUUUUCUUUUUCUUGAAAUCAGUUUUGGUUUAAAUGUUUCUUUGUCGAGGAUUGUCUAAAUAUAGCAGAUUCCAAGAACAAAGUGGCAUGCCGUUGUUGAAGAAGGCCCUCAAUAGAUGCUUUUCUAGCUUCUAAAGUUGUUCAAGUCCAUGUUCUUUUUCUUUUUUUAUUUUGUUUUUCAAUUUGAAAGAUAAUCAUUUUCUGAA